AUGAAUUAUAAUUUCAAAAAAUCAUUUCAUUUGGAUGGUUCUUCAUCAUCGGAUGAUGAUGAUGAAAAUGAAGAGAUGAUCAAUAAUCUCUACCAAGAAGAAUUAGCGAUACAGCAUGCUAUCGAUAAUAACAAUGCGAUAAUACAACACCUUCGUAAUCAACAAAGCAGUCAGGUGAUUCAUGGAGGUUCAAUUCCUGGACGUUCUUUUAUACACCGUGAUCGAGAAAGCACACAUUGUAGAUUGUUCAACGACUACUUCUCAGAGACCCCAACUUACAACGAUGCCAUGUUUCGUAGAAGAUAUCGUAUGUCUCGUCCUUUAUUCCUUUGUAUCGUUGAUGCGGUUGAAAAUCAUGAUAUAUACUUCAAACAACGAAGGGAUAUAAUUGGUAGACUUGGUCUAUCAUCUCUUCAGAAAAUAACUGCCGUCUUUCGGAUGCUAGCUUACGGUUUACCAGCUGAUGCAACAGACGAAUACAUAAAAAUUGGCGAAUCAACAGCAAUCGAGAGUAUGAAAAGAUUUUGGCGAGCUGUAGUGGAGAUAUUCUCGAAGGAGUACUUACGAUCACCAACCCCUGCUGAUGUUUCGAGACUUCUGUAUAUUGGUGAAAAGCGAGGUUUUCCGGGAAUGUUAGGCAGCUUGGAUUGCAUGCAUUGGAAGUGGAAAAAUUGUCCUACCGCUUGGGCUGGACAAUAUUCAGGUCGAAGUGGAUCACCAACUAUAAUUCUUGAAGCUGUUGCAGAUUAUGAUCUUUGGAUAUGGCAUGCAUAUUUUGGGAUGCCUAGCAGCAAUAACGAUAUCAAUGUGUUGGAGUCCUCCUAUCUUUUCUCCAAUCUCGCUCAAGGUAUUGCACCUCCUGCUCAUUAUAUUAUUCAAGGAAAUGAAUAUAAUAUGGGGUAUUAUUUGGCCGAUGGAAUAUAUCCAAAAUGGUCUACCAUAGUACAAACUAUUCAUGAACCAAGGGGUUAAAAAAACAAUAUUUUGCUACGCAACAAGAAGCAUGUCGGAAAGAUGUGGAACGUGCUUUUGGAGUUCUCCAAUCACGCUUUGCAAUUGUGAAAGGACAAGUUCGUUUUUGGAAAAGAGAAGUGAUACAUGAUAUAUCAUGACCACUUGUAUAAUUUUACAUAACAUGACAAUUGAGGAUGAGCGUGAUCUCAGUGCACCCAUUGAAGUUGCAAGAGAAGUUCCACCUGCAGAGGUUGAUAUCGAAGAAAAUGAGAAUAUUCGUUUUCAAGAAUUUCUUGCUCGAUUUAGAAGAAUCAAAGAUCAAGAAGCUCAUUUCGCUCUUCGAAAUGAUUUAAUUGAUCACUUAUGGAAAAAACAUAUGUCUGAAACUUCUUUAUAAAAUCUAAUGUUUU